GAUUUAUUGACCGCUUCCUUCCCCAUUAAACCCUCCACAAACCCUAGUGCUAAGGUUUGGUUGCUGAGAAAAAAAAUCGUCUUUUUCAGUUUUCACUACUUUUUUCUUCCUUUUGCAUAACCAGAAAGAUAAUGAACUACAGAUUCCAAAAUCUUCUUGGAGCUCCUUACAGAGGAGGCAAUGCUAUACUCACCAACAACACUGAACUAAUCUCCCCCGUCGGUAACCGAGUCUCUGUUAUCGACCUCAUUAAAUCUCAAACCCUAACUUUGCCAGUUCAGUCAUCUUCGAAUAUAUGUCGAAUUGCUGCCUCGCCCGAUGGAGUGUUCCUCCUGACCGUCGACGAGAAUCGCCGUUGCCUCUUCAUAAACCUUCGGCGCCGAGUUGUGCUCCAUCGUAUUUCCUUCAAACACCCUGUAAAUGCUGUCAAAUUCAGCCCCAACGGUGCUUAUAUCGCCGUCGCCACGGGUAAGUUGCUCCAAAUCUGGCGGUCUCCUGGCUUUAAAAAGGAAUUUUUUCCCUUUGAAUUGGUCAAGACUUUUGCUGAUUGUGAUGAUAAGGUUACUGCAUUGGAUUGGAGCCCGGACUCGAGUUAUUUGCUUGCUGGGUCAAAAGAUUUGACGGCGAGAUUGUUUUGUAUGGAGAAAUUGAAAUCAAGCCAGGUUAGGGAUAAGCCGUUCAUGUUUUUGGGUCAUAGAGAUACGGUUAUGGGUGUCUUUUUUGGUGUUGAUAAAAAAAUCAAUAAGGUCUGCAAAGUUUAUACUAUUACACGCGAUUGUUACAUGUUUAAUUGGGGUUUCAAGGCUAAUGAAGCUGAAUUUGAUGAGAUGGAAGUGGAAGCUUCUGAGCCACCCUCACCUGGUACCCCUGAUAGGGAUAGUGAAGGGAAUUUAGAAGGUGACGAUACUGGUAAUUUGAAGAAGAGAGAGGAUUAUGAUGGUAAAAGUAGUCAUCUGGGUGAGGAGAGUGGGUAUUUGCAGAAAGGGAAAUGGGAGUUGUUAAGAAAGGAUAAUUUUAGUCAGGCCCCAUCAAAGUUGACUGCAUGCGACUAUCAUCGAGGGCUUGAUAUGGUGGUUGUGGGGUUCUCCAAUGGCGUGUUUGGGCUGUAUCAGAUGCCUGAUUUUGUAUGCAUUCACUUGUUGUCUAUAUCAAGGGAAAAGAUCACAACUGCAGUUUUUAAUGAGCUUGGUAAUUGGUUGACUUUUGGGUGUGCGAAGCUAGGACAGUUGCUUGUAUGGGAGUGGCGGUCGGAGACUUACAUACUGAAGCAGCAGGGGCAUUAUUUUGAUGUAAAUUGCCUUGCAUAUUCACCAGAUUCACAACUUUUAGCUACCGGAGCAGAUGAUAACAAAGUGAAGGUUUGGACCGUCUCCUCAGGCUUUUGCUUUGUAACGUUUACCGAGCAUACCAAUGCUGUCACUGCUCUUCAUUUCAUGGGCAAUAACCAUUGUCUCUUAAGUGCUUCUCUGGACGGAACUGUUCGUGCAUGGGACUUAUUCCGCUAUCGAAAUUUUCGAACGUUUACAACCCCUUCUGCCAGACAAUUUGUUUCUUUGGCAGCGGAUCAGAGCGGAGAAGUUAUAUGUGCUGGCACUCUGGAUUCGUUUGAGAUUUUUGUAUGGUCAAUGAAGACUGGACGUUUAUUGGACAUUCUUAGUGGUCAUGAAGGUCCUGUUCAUGGAUUGAUGUUCUCUCCUUCAAGUGCUGUCUUAGCUUCAUCUUCAUGGGACAAAACAGUUCGUUUAUGGGAUGUUUUUGAGGGAAAAGGUGCAGUCGAAUCAUUCACUCACACACAUGAUGUUCUCACUGUGGUUUAUCGCCCAGAUGGAAGGCAGUUGGCUUGUAGCACAUUAGAUGGGCAAAUUCAUUUUUGGGACCCAAUUGAUGGCAUACUAAUGUACACCAUUGAGGGAUGCAGGGAUAUCGCUGGAGGGCGUCUUAUGACCGAUCGUAGAUCAGCAGCUAACUCAAGUUCCGGAAAAUGCUUCACAACCUUAUGUUACUCUGCUGAUGGGAGUUACAUAUUAGCUGGGGGAUGUAGCAAAUACAUUUGUAUGUAUGAUGUUGCGGAUCAGGUGUUGCUUCGACGGUUUCAAAUAACUCAUAACCUCUCUUUGGAUGGAGUGCUUGAUUUCUUAAAUUCAAAGAACAUGACAGAGGCCGGACCACUAGAUCUUAUUGAAGAUGACAAUAGUGAUGUGGAAGAAGGUGUUGACAAACAAACCCGAGGGAAAUUAGGUUAUGACUUGCCAGGAUCCAUGCCUAACCAUGGAAGGCCAAUUGUUCGAACAAAAUGUCUAAGACUUGCACCCACUGGUCGAAGCUUUGCAGCAUCAACAACGGAGGGUGUUCUUGUUUAUUCAAUUGAUGAUACUUUCAUAUUUGACCCUACAGACCUUGACAUAGACGUUACGCCUGAGGCAGUGGAGGCAGCACUGAAUGAAGAUCAGCCAAGCAGAGCUCUACUUAUUAGCCUCCGUCUAAAUGAGGAUAGUCUAAUUAAGAAAAGCAUUUUUGCUGUGAGUCCAGUUGAUAUUCCCGCCAUUGCCUCAUCAGUCCCUCAAAGAUAUUUGCAGAGAUUAAUAGAGGCACUUGCAGAUCUCUUAGAAAGUUGUGCGCAUCUAGAAUUCAUACUAAGGUGGUGUCAGGAGCUUUGUAAAGUUCAUGGUGACUCUAUACAACAAACUUCCCGAAAUCUGCUUCCUUCUUUGAAGUCCUUACAGAAAGCAAUCACUAGAAUACAUCAGGAUUUGGCAGAGACUUGCUCUUCCAAUGAAUAUAUGCUAAGAUAUUUAUGUUCUACGAGCUCCAACAAAUAGAUAAUUUUAUUGAGAGAGAAACAUUAACCAUUUUAAUAUCUGCCAGCGGUGGCUGUGCGAGCUUCAUACGGCAGCAGAACUCGGUGCUUGAGAUCACCAUAUGGAGGGAGGUCUCUUGUGUGUUAACUAAAAGAAUCAGGCGAUUUUUGUUAUAAUGACAUUGGUGCUCCGAUUUGCAGUUUGCUGUAUUUCAAAGAAGAGUUGUAUUGAAAACGAAAACCCAAGGAAAAUUUUUGUUCUAUAUAUUUUGUGAUACCUUGA